AUGCGGUUAUUACUGAUUUUUAGCGCUUUCCUUGGGGUUAGCCUAUCGGUUUGCCAAAAUAAAGACUACACACAGUUAUCGAAUGGAAAAUGCUAUAAGAUCAUCAAAGGAUCUUUUACCUAUUUUAAAGCCGCCGACAUGUGCCAACAACAAAAUGGACAAUUGGCCACUUUGCAUAAAUCAGCCGACAACGAUGCGAUGGCUCAAUAUCUUUCAUCGGGACUCUGGGAAGAAGCGUGGAUUGGCCUCCAAUGCACCACACAAUCCGACUGUUUCUGGGAUGAUGGAACGAAAUUUGAUUACUCGAAUUUUAAUAACAAUCCCGAUUUUUCAAAUGGAAAAAAUUGCGUGAUGUUGAAAGCGGGAUUGACGGUGAUGCCUCGUUUUAGAGAUGUUUACAAUGGAUGGACACCGAAAAGUUGCUAUUCAGCAACUGAUAAUGCUCUUUGCGAAGAAAUAUCUAAAGACCUUCCUGGAUGCGGUGACUACAGUGAAUUCGAGGGAAAUUGCUACAAGUACCAACCGUCGGCCCCUUCAUGGCUGGCUGCUGAAACGAUUUGUGCUCAACAGGGAGGACAUCUCGUUUCAAUCCACAAUAUUUUAGAAAAUAUUUUCAUCUUCAAUCUGCUGAAAGCCGAUGGAGUGGGUGUGGCUGCGUGGAUUGGCCUCUAUAACACCGCCAAUCAGUACUACUGGGCUGACUCGUCGAUCGUUGAUUAUUACAAUUUGGCUGGUCCUGCACUCAACAUGGACCCUGCCUGUUAUGCCCUUUCGACGACCAACUUGGUCUCACCACAGAAAUGGGUGCCUGAGAGUUGUGACAAUGAUUUGCCUUUUCUUUGUCAAAGAACGACAGGCAGCCCAUCUCCUGUACCUCCAUUCGUUCCACCAACAACAACAAGUACAACAACCACAACGAAAACCACCACCACUCAAUGGACGACAGCCACCGAACCCCUGGAUCCAUCAGCCCCAACUCUCCCUCCAAUCAUCACUUCCGUCCCGACCGUUCCAACUGUCCCACAAGCAAAUAUGACUGUCGCCCCAACCUCGAACACAACAAAUUCACCAACUUUCCUGCCUAGAGGUCUAAAUAUUUUACCACUC